AAAGUGAUCAUCUUUGUAAAGGGGAAUCUUGGAAUAAGCAACAUCAUUUGUCUGACCUACUUCAUUCACCUUCUCUUCCAGCUAUAAUUUUAGAAACUGCUGUAUUUAUCCAGGGUUAAGGAAAUGAAUUCAUUUUCGGGGUUCAUAUCAUUUGAGGAUGUUGCUAUGGACUUUACCUGGGAGGAGUGGCAGCACCUGGAAGAUGCUCAGAAGAUUCUCUACAAGGAUGUGAUGCUGGAGACCUACAGCAACCUGAUGUUUUUGGGACAAUGCAUUGCCAAACCCACAGUGAUCUUCAAGUUAGAGCAAGGAGGAGAUCCAUGGACAUUAGAAGAACCUCCCAGCUUGAGCCUCCCAGGAGAGAAGCUCUAUAAGUGUAAACGACGUAAGAAAACGUUUUCUCAGAAUUCAGACCUCACUGUAUAUCAGAGGAGUCACAUAGAGAAAUUCUGUGAAAAUAAAUUAUGUGGAAAAAUGUUAUACAAGAAGUCAUACUUCACUGUGCAUCAGACAACUCACACUGGAGAGAAAUCCUAUGAAUAUGGGGAAUGUGGAACAUCUUUCAGUACCAAGUCAGUCUUGAGUAGACAUUGGAAAACUCAUUCAGGAAAUAAACCCUAUAAAUGUGAACAAUGUAGGAAAAUGCGCUCCCUGAAGUCACAUCUCACUGAGAAUCAGAGAACUCACACAGGAGAAAAACCCAUUGAAUGUGAACAGUGUGGGAAAACACUCUCCAGUAAGGGGUACCUCACUGUACAUAAAAGAACUCACACAAGAGAGAAGUCCUAUGAAUGUAGAAAAAUGUUCUCCUGCAAGUCAGAUCUCACUAAGCAUUGGAGAACUCACACAAGAUACAAAACCUAUGAAUGUGAACAGUGUAGUAAAAUGUUCUCCUGGAAGUCACAUCUCACUAAGCAUCAGAGAACACACACAGGAGAAAAACCCUUUGAAUGCAAACAAUGUGGGAAAACAUUCUCCACCAAGGAGUACCUCACUGUACAUAAGAGAACUCAUACAGGAGAGAAGCCCUAUGAAUGUGAACAAUGUAAUAAAAUGUUCUCCUGGAAGUCACAGCUUACUAUGCAUAAUAGAAGUCAUACAGGAGAGAAGCCCUAUGAAUGUGAACAAUGUAAGAAAAGGUUCUCCUGGAAGUCUCUUCUUACUCUGCACAGUAGAACUCAUACUGGAGAGAAGCCCUAUGAAUGUGAACAAUGUAGGAAAAUGUUCUCCCGGAAGUCAGAUCUCACUCAGCAUUGGAGAACGCACACAGGAGAAAAACCCUAUGAAUGUGAACAGUGCAAUAAAAUGUUCUCCCGGAAAUCAAGUCUCACUAGGCAUCGGACAAUGCACACAGGAGAAAAACCCUUUGAAUGCGAGGGAUGUCAUAAAACAUUCUCUAGCAAGGAGUACCUCGCUGUACAUAAGAGAACUCACACAGGAGAGAAGCUCUAUGAAUGUGAACAAUGUAGGAAAAUGUUCUCCCGGAAGUCACAGCUCACUGUGCAUAGUAGAACUCAUACAGGAGAGAAGCCCUAUGAAUGUGAACAAUGUAAUAAAAUGUUCUCCUUUAAGUCACACCUUACUAUGCAUAGUAGAACUCAUACAGGAGAGAAGCCCUAUGAAUGUAAACAGUGUAGGAAAAUGUUCUCCCUGAAGUCACAACUUGCUGUGCAUAGUAGAACUCAUACAGGAGAGAAGCCCUAUGAAUGUGAACAAUGUAGGAAAAUGUUCUCCCAGAAGUCACAUCUCACUAAGCAUCAGAAAAUGCACAUAAGAGAAAAAUACUUUGAAUGUGAAUGAUGUGGGAAAACAUUCUCCAGCAAGGAGUACCUCGCUGUACAUAAGAGAAAUCACACAGGAGAGAUGUAGGAAAAUGUUCUCCCAGAAGUCACAGC